CUGUCUGUCUGUCUGUCUGUCUGUCUGUCUGUCUGUCUGUCUGUCUGUCUGUCUGUCUGUCUGUCUGUCUGUCUGUCUGUCUGUCUGUCUCUGACAAUUUCUCUUCUUUAAAUCAGAUUUUAAACUUACUCCUAACCUACCCCUAACCUUAACCACCCUGCUUACCUUAUGCAUAACCCAAACCUCAGAUGAAGACCCAAAAAGCACAUUUUUGUAGCCGUAUUUGGACUUUGUGGCUGUGGAAUAUGACUUUGUGGCUGUGUUAUUCAGUGGAACUCCUUCUCCUUCACUGAAGACAGCGACGUGAGCAGCGAAGGCCGCGUUAUGACUCCGUGACGCCCCCUGGUGUUCAGUAAAGAGAAACACCGUCAGCUGCAGAACAGGACGACGUUUCAAACAUCAGGAAACGCCCACUUUAGUUUAUUGCACGUGUCAAUAAUGUUUGGUAUCAAGUGACCCCUUGCGAGGCGCGCGGAAGUCAAUUAACGGCAAUCGUUCUCCGGUGAGCAGAGUUUAGAUUUUCAAGUAUCGCAGCUGAAGUUUGACGCAGAAUAAAAGUCCCUUGUCUGUUUUGAGGCCUGUGUGGUGAGAUGGAGUGGCGAGAACAGACCAGUGUGACCUGUGAAGACGCCUUCACCGAGGCUCAACGGUGGAUGGAGGAAGUGACAAAUAAAUCAUUCGGAAGCAACAACUUCCGCUCUGCUCUGGAGAAUGGAGUCCUGCUCUGCCAUCUAAUCAACCAGUUGAAACCAGGCCUUAUUAAGAGGGUGAACACGCUGUCUACUCCAAUGGCCGGACUGGACAAUGUGAAUGUGUUUCUGAGAGCGUGUGGGACACUCGGUCUACACGAGGCUCAGCUGUUUCAUCCUGGAGACCUGCAGGACCUGUCCACACGCGCCACACUCAGGUGUGCAGAGAGCAAAAGGAGGCUGAAAAACGUUCUAAUCACCAUCUACUGGCUGGGUCGGAAGGCCCAGGCGGAUCCCUUCUACUCUGGCCCUCAGCUCAACCUCAAAGCAUUCGAGGGACUACUGGGCAUCGCUCUGUCCAAGGCUCUAGAAGAAACCCCCAGAGGCAGUAUAACAGACAGGGACUACAGUGAUGUGAUCUACCCAGAGAGGGAUGAUGAGCUGCUGCCUCUAACCCGGUCCCAGACACCCGGCUACAGCAGAGAGGACUCCGUAGAGAGCUUGAACUCGGCCCUGAGCUUUGACUCGGCGGAGUCCCGUACCCUCAGCUAUAUCUCUGACUCCAUCCUGAGGGCCGGCAGCGAAGACUCCAGCAGUGACGUGGAGGCGGAGAACUCUUUUAGGAUGAAGGCGACGGAGGGCAGAGAAUCGGGACUGAGGAACUGGGGCAACGUACCUGCACCCUUCCAUAGGAAGACGCGUGAGGAAAACCGAUUUAAGGGCUGCCUCCCGAGCCCCCUCACCAGCGACAGCGACUCAGACGCCGACCGGCCCCAGCCUGACGUCGUCGUGGACGACCUGGCCAGUCGACGGUUCCGCUCCCCUUCACCAGCCGCGCCCACAAAUUUUGCGGUACCCAUGAGCCCGCAGGGCACGUUGAGGCUGUGGACUGGAAGCCCUCGCCUGUUUAGGAUUGACUCCCCUCCCAGACACACCGCAGUGUUCUCUCCCAGGUCAGACAGAGAGAGGCGUUCGUGUUUAAUGGCUUUACAUCAGCGUUCUGAUUGUCAUCACGCUAACGGCUACAGCAGUACUGCAGCGUCUCCGUUUCCUCCCAACCCGUUCCACGACCCCCCGUCUUCCAUCACCCCCACCCUCUUCUCCGAGGUGGAGCGCUCCAUCGACGAGGAACUCCUCGUGAUGGAGCUAUGUGAGGAAGACUCUGAGGAGGGGCGAGAGGAUCCUGACCCUGUCAAAGAUGAUCUGUACGCUCGGCGGUUGGAACUAGCCCUCCACCAGACGACCUCCAACCCUGGCUACAACCGCUUCCUGCCCCGCUAUUGGACUCCCGAGGAGGAGGUGCACGUCAGGACCAUCAGGCUGGGCUCACAGAGGAGACCCUGGUACCACAAGAUGUACAGAUUGAGGUCUGGAUCUGUCCCGUUACUGUGGGAUGUGGCUGGGCCUGUCCUGAGGAACCUCUGGGAGCCUGUCCUGAGGAACCUCUGGGAGCCUGUCCUGAGGAACCUCUGGGAGCCUGUCCUGAGGAACCUCUGGGAGCCUGUCCUGAGGAACCUCUGGGAGCCUGUCCUGAGGAACCUCUGGGAGCCUGUCCUGAGGAACCUCUGGGAGCCUGUCCUGAGGAACCUCUGGGAGCCUGUCCUGAGGAACCUCUGGGAGCCUGUCCUGAGGAACCUCUGGGAGCCUGUCCUGAGGAACCUCUGGGAGCCUGUCCUAAACUUGGAGGUAAACCCAGGAUGGAUAUGGAGCAAAUCAUUGAAUGACAUCAGGCGGUUCCCGUCGCCCACGCAAGUGGUGCGCCAGGUUUCUGAGGGUGGCAUGGAGCUGAGCCCCAGCGCUGUGAGCCAAGACCAGCUGCAGAUGGUCAGAGCCCGGGUCCACGAGAGUGAGGCAAAGUGGCACAACGACCUGACCAAGUGGAAGCUCCGGCGGCACAGGUCUAACUGUGACCUGCGGAGGAAGAUGCAGGAGAGGGACAACAUCGUCCUGAUGGCCAACGCAGGGGUCGGUACAGUCGGGACAUUCAAGAGUCUGCAAGAGGACAGGGAAGAGGAUGAGGAGUCCCUAUGCAGCAAUGGCCACAAGGUCUCUCCGCCCACCUCGUUCAAGGAGGGUUCCCUGGUGUUCCGACCCCACACCAGAGCCCCCACCUCUGUAAGUGAGGGUUCCCUGGUGCUACGACCCCACACCAGAGCUCCACUGGCCCUCAGCUCCUCCGUGGAGUCACCCUACAGCCCCGUAGCGUCGGAACCCUUAACCGCCCCCAGCGUGACCCUCCAGGGACCCGGAGCCGUGCCCCAAUCAGAGCCCCUCGUCCUAGGGGGGAGGAGUCACACACCGGUGGAGCCAGACGGAGCUGGAGGAUUAGUCACUUUCCCCAACUCUGCGUCUCCCAUCUCCUCCCAGACCAUCUCUAGCCCAGCUCUCUUCAUCUCAACUGGACGAGACCACAACGUCUCCUUGCUCUCAAACGGGAUCCCGACGACCCUCCCUGGAUCUAGCUCCAGUCUUACUAUUGGUACCAGUUCUUCUCUAACUACCUCUGACCCGGUGAGCGGUACCGGCUCUAACCUAACCAGCGGUACCGGCUCUAACCUAACCAGCGGUACCGGCUCUAACCUAACCAGCGGUACCGGCUCUAACCUAACCAGCGGUACCGGCUCUAACCUGACCAGCGGUACCGGCUCUAACCUGGCCAGCGGUACCGGCUCUAACCUGACCAGCGGUACCGGCUCUAACCUGGCCAGCGGUACCGGCUCUAACCUGACCAGCGGUACCGGCUCUAACCUGACCAGCGGUACCGGCUCUAACCUGGCCAGCGGUACCGGCUCUAACCUGGCCAGCGGUACCGGCUCUAACCUGGCCAGGUGUACCGGCUCUAACCUGGCCAGCGGUACCGGCUCUAACCUGGCCAGCGGUACCGGCUCUAACCUGGCCAGCGGUACCGGCUCUAACCUGGCCAGCGGUACCGGCUCUAACCUGGCCAGCGGUACCGGCUCUAACCUGGCCAGCGGUACCGGCUCUAACCUGGCCAGCGGUACCGGCUCUAACCUGGCCAGCGGUACCGGCUCUAACCUGGCCAGCGGUACCGGCUCCAACCUGGCCAGCGGUACCGGCUCUAACCUGACCAGCGGUAUCGGCUCCUGUGCCUCCAUGGACAUCCCAGAACACGCCCUCAUCUCCACUGUAGAGUCCCUGACCUCGGUGGGAGCCUCGGGUCAUGUCUCAGCUCCCCAACAGCAGGAGUUUUCCCUCUACAGGUACAGCUCCAGGGCUCUGGGAGGAAGAGGAAGAGGGGCAUCUGCCUCUCUCCCCAGGGGAUACCGCCGGUCUGAGGGCUCUUCGUCCUGCCUCUCUGCCGGCUUCACCCCCCGACCGUUUGGAGCCAAGUCCUCCAGAGUGUCCUCACUACCCAGGCUCUACAAUUUGGAGAAGACUGCUCCCACCCGCCCCCAGAAAAUGGUCACUAUCUCAGAGGUUGCUGUCAGGGCUCAGCCCUGGGCCACAGCCAUUCGGAGCAGUGUGAACCAGGAAGUAGAGGAGGGUGGGAGUCAGACCCAGCCCUCCAUCCUGAAGACCAGAGUGGUUCCUGGACCUGCCACCCACCCCAAACCCAGCCAGAAGGGACCCUUACCCCCUUCUCUCCUGCCCAGCCUUCCUGUCUCAGUCAGACAGAAUGGCUCUGCACAGGUACGUCACAGUGACAGAGUGAGUCUCACCUUGAAGAUUAACAGUCGACCACACUUUGGUUUCAACACUCACUGGGACUCGACAGGAGCGAGAGUCGGAGGCAUCCAACCAGGUAGUCCUGCAGAGUUGUGCCAGCUCCGUGCAGGUGAUGAGAUAGUGUCUGUUGGUGGGCACAGGGUGGCAGAGAUGAGCCACAGCCAGUGGAAGGGCAUGAUGACCUCUGCCCUGCAGAAAGGCAGUCUCACCAUGGAUGUACAGCGCUAUGGUAACAACGGUCCAACUGAUACCAGUGGAGAUGCAACGAUGGUGAAACUGGCCAACGGACAAGAGGUGCUGACCUCUAAGAGCAGGAAGGGAGGUUUUCAGGACGAUCCACUGACUGUCAGAAGUAAAGAACAUGAUCUGAUUGUUUUGAAAACCCAGAAAAGGAGAGCAGAGUUCUUUAAUCAGGAAGUAAAACCACUUAGCCUGGAACCACACUGCGUAAGGAGGAUCGGCGUCGGAACGAUAUCUGAUCUCCAGGUGCCUGUCCCUCAGCACCUCCCCUCCAGUUGGUCCUGGGACCCUGAGGAAGAGAGGAGGAGGCAGGAGAAGUGGCAGGAGGAGCAGGAGCGCCUCCUACAGGAGAAGUACCGUCAGGACCAGGAGAGACUGGAUGCUGAGUGGCAACAGGCCCAGGAGGAGGCAGGGGUGGAGGGAUACAGGCAGGCUGAGGUGACCCCUGAUCAUCUACCGUCCAGAUGCAUCGUGGGAUAUGUAGUCCCUUGUGUCAAAUCAUCCACACCGAACAUGGAGAGCUCAGGAGAGAUGACCAAUGGGAUCGCUGGCCUUGCCAGUCCUCAGCCAGCCUUGAGCCAGCCCAUGCCCUCUGUUGCCCAUGUGGCAUCCAAUGAAAAGGAGGUUGUUUUUGACGGGAGAAGAAGGGAGGAGCCUCGUCCUCAAGAAGGGAGGAACCUGGAAGAGGAGACUGAAGUGGCAGAAGGAGAUAAUUGGUCUGGGGACUCCUAUGGUUUCACCCAGCUAUCUAUCGCUGACAGGAUGAAAUCCAAGUCCUCCCCAUCGUUGGAGGGUUUCCACAGACAGGAGGUGAAAGGCGCUACCAGGGAGGUCGCUAGGAGGAAGCCUCCUCAGAGCAUGUCGUUAGUAGAGGCUGAGAGGCAACAGAUCCUGGACGAGAUGAGGAAGAGGACCGCUCUGCUGACCGACAACAGCUGGAUACGACAACGCUCCACCUCUGACAACAAACAACCAACCAACCGGCGAGGGCCUCUGAGGAGGUACGACUCUCUGGACAACCUUCCCUCUUCCACCACCCUGCUCUCUAACCCCCAACGCCCCCACUCCUCCCUGGGUUUCUCCGCCCCGUACCGCCCCCCCUCCUCCCGGCACAGCAUGGGUGUGGCCCUGGGGGGUCACUCCAACGGGACCCAGAAGCACAGCCCUACCUGGCCCCGCCCCUUCAGCACAUCUUCCCCCCCGCCCGACACCGGAGAGGAACCCGCCACCGGCGAAUCACGACCCGUCUCACAGCAGCACCGUCGAGUGCUGACUUCUCGUCAGGUGUGUUCAGUGUGUGUGUGUCCUAUGGGCAGAGGGGCUGCCAUGGUCAUUGAGACCCUGAACCUCUGCUUCCACCUGGCCUGUUUUCAGUGUGUGGACUGCAGGUGCCGACUCGGAGGGUCAGAGGUCAGAGCCCAGAUCAGAAUCAGCAAUGGGAAGCCUUACUGUGACCCCUGCUACAUCCGACUCAAGUCCCACCUUGCCACCUCCCUGUGACCAGAAUGCAUUGCAGCAGAUUGAGGAAGAGACGACGACGACGACAUCAACCUCAAACACGACGGUGGAGAUCUUGACUAUGACCUCGUGUUGACCACGUAUUUAGAGCUGGUUGACCUUUAUUUUUAGGGAACAAUGUACCGAUUUAUACUAUUGGGUUGUGACUCAAAUGGCUUCCUAUUCCCUACAUAGUGCACUACUACCCAUAGGGCUCUGGUCAAAAGUAGUGCAUUAUUUAGGGAAUAGGGGGCAGUUUGGGACAUGUCGCAAAGAUGCAGUUUUGGCGUUCUUUCUAGUUAAUUAACUACUGUACAUGUCCACAUACCCUAUGUCUCUGACUAAGAUGCAGUUUUGGCGUUCUUCCUAGUUAAUUAACUACUCUAUUUGUCCGUAGCUUUUAAUAUGCAAUCGAUGGCUAUCCACAACAAUAGCUGGACACGUGUAGUUAAGAGCUAUAAGGGAGUUUUAAAUCACAGUUGUACUUGGGAUUUGUUUUUUUCUUGUUGAUGAAGUAAAUUGAUAAAUGAGGCUCUAUUAAAUGAAUCUAAUAAAUGUGAGUGUUAUAUUGGAGAUACUUCUCUAUUGUUUUUUUCUUGUUGAUGAAGUAAAUUGAUAAAUGAGGCUCUAUUAAAUGAAUCUAAUAAAUGUGAGUGUUGUAUUGGA